GGCUGGGGCGGGGGGCCGCAGCCAUGAUCCGGGCCUUCUCGUUCCCGGUGAGCCCCGAGCGGGGCCGGCUGCGGGGCUGGCUGGAGGGCAGCCUGGCCGGGCUCUGCGAGUUGCACUGGCUCCGGGAGAGGCAGGAGUACCGCGUGCAGCAGGCGCUGCGGCUGGCCCAGCCCGGGAUGGGGGGCGCGGAGGCCGAGGACGGGGAGGACGCCGAGGAGGACGAAGAUGCGGCGGCCGCGCGCCGGGCCGCCGCGGCCCUGGAGGAGCAGCUGGAGGCCUUGCCCGGGCUCAUCUGGGAUCUGGGCCAGCAGCUGGGAGACCUGAGCCUGGAGUCUGGGGGCCUGGAACAGGAGAGCGGGCGCAGCUCGGGCUUCUAUGAAGACCCCAGCUCCACGGGAGGCCCAGACUCACCACCCUCGACCUUCUGUGGGGACAGUGGCUUCUCCGGAUCUGGCUCCUAUGGACGCCUGGGUCCCUCUGAACCCCGGGGCAUCUAUGCGAGCGAGAGGCCCAAGUCCCUAGGAGACGCCAGUCCCAGCGCACCCGAGGCGGUGAGCACUAGAGCAGCGGUGCCUCGGUCCUUCUCCGCGCCCUACCCGACGGCUGCGGGGUCUGCAGGCCCCGAGGCCUGCUCCUCGGCUGAGCGGCGAGCCCGCGCGGGCCCCUUCCUGACGCCCAGCCCCCUGCACGCGGUGGCCCUGCGCAGCCCGAGGCCCUGCAGCCGCCCUCCCGCGGACUCGACGGAGGCACCCGGCGCGGGGCGGCCCCUGGACGGCUACAUCUCGGCGCUCCUGCGCAGGCGCCGCCGCCGGGGGGCGGGCCAGCCCCGGACCAGCCCGGGGGGCGCGGAUGGGGGCCCGCGGCGCCAGAACAGCGUGCGCCAGCGGCCCCCCGACGCGUCCCCGCCCCCCGGAGGCGCGCGGCCCGCGCCGGAGCUCCCGGUGGAGCGCGCAGUGGGCCGUCCCGCCAGCCCGGCCGCCUUGGGCCGCGCCUGGGCCUCGCAGUGGGAGUCGGAGGCGGCCCCCGAGCCCCCCGCGCCGCCCGCGGCCCCCGAGCCCCCCGACAGCCCCGCCGAGGGCCGCUUGGUGAAGGCGCAGUACAUCCCGGGCGCGCAGGCCGCCACCCGAGGCCUCCCGGGCCGCGCGGCGCGCCGCAAAGCGCCGCCCCUGACCCGCGGCCGCAGCGUGGAGCAGUCCCCGCCCCGGGAGCGCCCCCGGGCCGCGGGCCGCCGCGGACGCGUGACGGAGGCCUCGGGCCGCCGGGGCUCGCCCAGGGCGCGCAAGGCCGCCCGCUCCCAGUCCGAGACCAGCUUGUUGGGCCGAGCGGCCGCCGCGGUCCCUCCGGGGCCCCCCAAGUACCCCACCGCCGAGCGCGAGGAGCCUCGGCCUCCGCGGCCGCGCCGCGGCCCCGCGCCCACGCUCGCGGCUCAGGCGGCGGGGUCCUGCCGCCGCUGGCGCUCCACGGCCGAGAUCGACGCCUCGGACGGGCGCCGCGGCCGGCCCCGCGCCCCCUCCGCGCGAGGCCCGGGGCCCGGCCCGUCCCCGUCGGCUCCGCAGCGCCGGCUGCUCUACGGCUGCGCCGGCAGCGACUCCGAGUGCUCGACCGGGCGCCUGGGGCCGCUGGGACGCCGGGGCCCCGGCGGCGGCGUCGCGGGCGGCUACGGGGAGAGCGAAUCGAGCGCCAGCGAGGGGGAGUCGCCCGCCUUCAGCUCCGCAUCCAGCGACUCAGACGGCAGCGGCGGCCUGGUGUGGCCCCAGCAGCUGGUGGCGGCCACGGCGGCCUCGGGCCCAGCGGGCGGGGCGGGUGGAGGGGCGCCCGCGGGCCCCGCGAAAGUCUUUGUGAAGAUCAAAGCGUCCCACGCGCUCAAGAAAAAGAUUCUACGUUUCCGUUCGGGGUCUCUCAAGGUCAUGACCACGGUGUGAGUUGGGGGUUUGCUUGGGCUUCCCCUUCAUAGCCUCUGCACCACCACACUCCCAGUCACUGAGCCUCCACGCCUCCCUUCCAAAGACCUCCGUUUUCUCUGUUUCCAAAGACCUUUCCUCACUCCGCCCAUCCACAUAGUCUUGGUUGAAAAGGCGCCCCCCCACCACAGGCAGGAAUGGGGAAGAAGCCCGGGUUGACCCAGUUCAGCUGCUGGCUCUGCAGCCGCUGGGCCAUAAAAUUCCCUUUCUGUGGGCCUCACUUUCCUCAUCUGUACUAUGGGUGUUCUAUGGUAUGCAGAAGGGGUAAUUCAGCUCGAAUUUCCCCAUUUUAGUUUAGACACUUAGACUGUUGCCCUUCACCUCUCUCACCGAGGCCUAUUAUUCCUCCUGCCCAUGCCAGAUAUGCCCCCCUCAUUCACAAAGUGCCCCCCUACACAUCCCUAGAUCCCUAGGAUAUCCCCUUGGCACCCAGGUUGGAGACUCUGUCUGAUCCAGAUGGUGCCUGCACAGUGCCCUGGGAAGGGAAGGAGCCCUGACUUUAGGGUUUUGAGGGUCAAGUAGGAGUUGGUAACACCAGAAAAGACUCUUUCACCUCUGUCCCUGGACAAUUAUGGAGGAUUAGGAGGUCAAAGAGGGGAAGGGAGAUGGCUUCUAUCUCGUGGCUCCUCCUGCAAGAGAGAGUUCAGGAGGAGCCCAGGAUGACCCUCAGCUGUUCCAAUCCAGUCUUUUCUUUUUUUAAAUUAGUGUAUUUAUUAUGACGAUGAUGACUCCCUGGUGCACAGGGGAGCCAGAUUCUGUGUGUUUCUCUAACCUCUUUGUAAAUAAAUGCACAAUGUUAACAU